CCUUUAAAUACUAGACAUACCACAAUCCCUUUAAAUACUAGACGUGUCACAAUCCCUUUAAAUACUAGAUGUGUCACAAUCCCUUUAAAUACUAGACAUACCACAAUCCCUUUAAAUACUAGAUGUGUCACAAUCCCUUUAAAUACUAGAUUUGUCACAAUCCCUUUAAAUACUAGACAUACCACAAUCCCUUUAAAUACUAGACGUGUCACAAUCCCUUUAAAUACUAGAUGUGUCACAAUCCCUUUAAAUACUAGAUGUGUCACAAUCCCUUUAAAUACUAGACAUACCACAAUCCCUUUAAAUACUAGAUGUGUCACAAUCCCUUUAAAUACUAGAUUUGUCACAAUCCCUUUAAAUACUAGACAUACCACAAUCCCUUUAAAUACUAGAUGUGUCACAAUCCCUUUAAAUACUAGACGUGUCACAAUCCCUUUAAAUACUAGACCUGCCACAAUCUCUUUAAAUACUAGAUGUGUCACAAUCCCUUUAAAUACUAGAUGUGUCACAAUCCCUUUAAAUACUAGACCUGCCACAAUCUCUUUAAAUACUAGAUGUGUCACAAUCCCUUUAAAUACUAGACGUGUCACAAUCCCUUUAAAUACUAGAUGUGUCACAAUCCCUUUAAAUAUUAGAUGUGUCACAAUCCCUUUAAAUACUAGACCUGCCACAAUCCCUUUAAAAUAUAACAUAGAGAAGUGUAUUUGA